AUGUCUGCUAUCAACCCUGCCUCAUUUGCCAGCCCGACCUUGGGGCUGCAGGCGCCCAGCGGCAUCGGCCCAGGCGCUGUCGGCCUUGGAAGAGGAAGUGGAUCCGCCAACACAGAACGAAGAUCCAAUCCACCCCAGGACUCACAGGGUGCCUUUACCAGUCCGGGUGCUGCAGGUCGACCGUUUCAGCCACCCUUCAACCAGCCAUUUGGCGGGCCAGAUCGUCCUGGAGUAGCCAGCUCUGCAUACCCCCCGUCUGGUUUUCCGUAUUCUGCCUAUGGUGCGUUCAGCAGUGCUCCGAGGUCCGGUACGGUGCCAUAUGUCCCGACCGUGAUGCAAGGGAUGGAGGCAUACCCCGGCGGCUUCUCCCAGCCUGGGGAAUUUCCCCCAAGCAUGCGAACGCGUUAUCCGAGUCCCCACACGGCUCCUUCCCCUCACGAUCAGUCAGUGCCUAACAUGUCAGGACAGAACGAAUGGGUUGGAGCGUUCCAGGGACUUUCUCUGAACUCCCGCUGA